AUGUACAAACGAAAGGAGGGUGUGUAUGCAAAUCCAAAAGAUGUUCGAGUUGCUGUUGUUGAGAAAAACAAAUCAUCCACUGAGACACCACUCGAUGAUCCUUCUAGUAUGACGAAUCGAAUGAAGAGAAUUCAUGCGAAUGAUUUGGAGAAUAUUUUACCAUUCUUUUUGGUGACAGUUCCAUAUGUGUUGGUGAGCUCGUUGCAAGUUUCAAGUGUCACAUCGCCACAAUAUGCCAUUUGGGAUUCUGUCAUUGGAAAUGUGUUAAUGUUUAGCUUUACUCUGUCGAGAUAUUUGUACUUUGUGGCUUAUUGGAGAGCAUGGCAACCGUGGAGAUCAUUGAUUUGGUUCUGGGGAGUCCUCACAACAAUUUUGAUCGGUAUUUACACGAUCGUUUGCCUUUAUGUGUUGUAA